AUGCCGUAUUACAGCCAUCUUUCUGGGCCUGCAAACGUCGGGAAAUUUUUACAAAGUCAAGGACAUGACGUUCGCAUUGCCAUUCCACCUCAGAUGAAAGAAAAAAUGGAGAGGCAUGGUGUUCAGUUGUUGCUGUACAAUGGCUUGGGUGAAUUCCCCGAAGAUCGCUAUCUGCAGGAUUUGAUUUUGAAACUCUAUUUCGAACACACUCCGUCACAACUAAGUCGACUGUACUACAAGAAAGAUAAUCUUGUAGUAGUGACAGUCCGCAAUACUGCAACGAAAAUAAUAAAAGAUACUAUCCUACGCAAAAAUAUUGAAAAAUUCAAGCCAGAUUUAAUUAUACUGGACUCGAAUCCACUUACUAUUAUGUUAACUUUAAUACCGUACAAAUUGGAUAUUCCUUUUGUUAUGAUGGGAUCUCUGGGUUCCCCUCAGUGCAAGCGAACGCCAGUCCUACCAACUGUAUUUCCGAUGAAGUUUUUACCUUUCACGGACCAAAUGACUUUCCAACAACGCUUGCUCAAUACCUUCGUGGAAUUGCUAUCAUAUCGGCGAAAUCCAUUUAUUAAUUCGUCGCUUAUUGAGGAAUAUGUCCCCGAGAAACCGCAUAUUUCGCUGAUAGACCUUCAAGCCAAAGCGCAAUUGUGGAUAACCAGACAACACAGUGUACUAGAUUAUAACCACCCUACAAUGCCCAAUGAAAAGACAGUCGCUCACCUUCAGAAUCUCACCUCCAAAGCGCUUCCCCCAGACCUCCAGUCGUUUAUGGAAAAUGCCGAUAAUGGUGUGGUCAUUGUCUCGUUUGGUUCAGUUUUAAAUUUACCGUCACAAGUGAAGGAGAAAUUAUUGUCAGCAUUUCAACAAACAAAAUAUAAAUUCAUUAUGCGAACUGCAGAUAUACAGCACAAUAACCGAUCUGAUAAAUUCAUGUUUCGAAAAUGGCUUCCUCAGUACGACUUGCUCCGCCAUCACAAGACAAAACUGUUUAUCUCUCACUGUGGAUCAAAUGGUUUACAAGAAGCAUUGUUUGCCGGGGUACCUAUACUUGGUUUUCCAAUAAUUGGUGAUCAGCCAAAUAAUGCUGGAAAAAUUAUCCGAAAAGUUUAUGGCUUAAAACUGGACCUCAAGUCAUUUUCAGUUCAGGAAUUGGUUUCCGCAAUCAAUGAAGUGACCACGAAUCCUAAGUAUAAAGCUAACGUGGAAAAGGCUUCGGCCAUUUUGAAAUCCGAGAGAGUUCCACCUAUUGAAGAGGCAGCGUUCUGGAUUAACCAUGUGCUCAAAUUUGGUGGUGCCCACUUGAGAUCGUAUGCGCAGGAUAUUCCAUUAUGGAAAUACCUUGGCCUGGAUAUUAUUGCUUUCUGUUUGCUUAUUUGGCAUGUGUUUGUUUUCUUAAUCAUAAUCACUCUGAAGUAUUGUUUAUCGCGGUGCUGUAUGAGCAAACAAAAAUUAAAGGAUGAGUAA